CCAAUACUUGGUUGGCAUAUCUAUAAUGUUUAGGUCAGACGUCCAGAGAACGGGGCCUCUGUCUUUUGUUGCCUUUGCUUGUUGUACAUAUAUGUAAUGUAACACGUUGUCCAUCGCUCUAGAUGGGCCAGCCAUUGUCCGAGUAAACCUGUUUGUCCGCAGCAUUGCGACCAUUAGUGACAUCAAGAUGGUAAGUGGGCGCCCACCACAUCGUUCUGUAGGCUAUAGUAUAGAGAUGCUACAUCACAUAAAAAAAUAAGCAAUAAGCCAGCAUGGGGCAAAGACGAGAAGGGUCCGUUUGUCGUGAAAAAGCACGCACUACACGCACCACGUACACGCACCAGCACCAGGAAAAAGCAAGCAAGCAACGAGCGAGCGAACGAACGAACAAACGAGCGAAUAGCGAACUCUUCUCGUCGACCCCGUCUAGCUUCAAUAGGUUUGAUUGCUAAAUUGAAAUGAAUUGAACUAAAUGCCUUUCGAGUGGGCUAAAGUGGGCAGUAAGGUAGCAUUGGGUGCUGCUCUGUCAGUGCCGUCGUGCCGGUGCAGGUGCCUCAUUGCCUUCAUGCAUCGAUCGCAUCGAGCGCCCGGUGAUGAUGUCCACUAAUAAAGCCGUUUUUCUUUUCUAACCACUAGAUGGUCCCGCAAUUGUCCGUGUCAACAUAUUUGUCAGAAGUAUCUCAAAGAUAGAUGAUGUGACAAUGUAGGACGUGACGGCCCGACUGUAGUUAACAUCAACUUCUUUCUUCGGUCUAUCAGCAAAAUAGACGAUUAUAAAAUGGAAUACAGUGUACAACUCACCUUCAGAGAGCAAUGGCUAGAUGAAAGACUCAAGUUUAACGACUUUGGAGGUCGUCUCAAAUAUCUUACUUUAACUGAAGCCAGUCGAGUCUGGAUGCCCGAUCUCUUUUUUUCUAAUGAGAAAGAAGGGCAUUUCCACAACAUUAUUAUGCCCAACGUCUACAUUCGCAUUUUUCCAUACGGUUCAGUCCUCUAUAGUAUAAGAAUAUCUUUGACAUUAUCAUGUCCGAUGAACCUCAAGCUCUACCCCCUUGACCGUCAAAUAUGUUCCUUACGGAUGGCUAGCUAUGGCUGGACAACCGAUGACUUAGUAUUUUUAUGGAAAGAAGGUGAUCCUGUACAAGUAGUUAAAAAUUUACACCUGCCUAGAUUUACAUUAGAAAAAUUCCUAACUGAUUAUUGUAACAGUAAAACUAAUACCGGUGAAUAUAGUUGUUUAAAAGUUGAUUUAUUAUUUAAACGGGAAUUCAGUUACUACCUAAUACAAAUAUACAUACCCUGUUGUAUGUUGGUCAUAGUUUCAUGGGUGUCUUUUUGGCUCGAUCAAGGAGCUGUUCCUGCACGAGUUUCUUUGGGUGUUACAACUUUGCUCACAAUGGCUACGCAAACAUCGGGUAUUAACGCAUCUUUACCCCCUGUUUCGUACACAAAAGCGAUUGAUGUGUGGACGGGGGUUUGUUUGACAUUUGUAUUUGGAGCGUUACUAGAAUUUGCUCUUGUAAACUAUGCGUCGCGUUCCGAUAUGCAUAGGGAGAACAUGAAGAAGCAAAGAAGACAGUGCGAAUUAGAACAUGCUGCAUCUAUGGAUGCCACGUCAGAUUUAAUAGACACAGACAGCAACGCAACUUUCGCAAUGAAGCCUUUGGUGCGUCAUCCCGGUGAUCCAAUGAGUUUAGAAAAAGUUCGUCAGUGUGAAAUCCACAUGCAACCAGCUCGUCCAAACUGUUGCCGAUCUUGGCUGUCGAAAUUCCCCACAAGAUCCAAACGCAUUGAUGUUAUCUCCCGAAUCACGUUUCCUUUAGUUUUCGCACUAUUCAAUGUAAUAUACUGGUCAACAUAUUUAUUUCGCGAAGAGGCCGAAGAGUCGUAAAUGUUCUUGCGACAACCGUAAUAGUAUUGCGAUUUUUCGUAAAUGUAAAUAUUAUUAUUACCUACGUUCAGGAGUAUGUUUUUGUUGAAUGUGCAAUAAAUUUGUAGAUAAGUUGCACAAAAAUGAAAUUGAUAACCCGGAAUGAUGCGCAAAAUUGUUGCACUAAAAUGCGAGUGACAGCAUUUGUGCACAAAGCAACCUCAUUACUACCUGCUCUAAAACUCUAUCUACAUUCUCAUCUUCUUCGAAAACUUAUAAAUGGUUAACUAGAGAUUUAGCUUUAUUUAAACCGAUCAAUUGUUACUUGUUAAAAAUGGUUAUCAGUUUUUCAGAUUGUGUAACUUUGUUAAAGGAACUGUGCAUGAUAUGUCUAUUUUUAUGACGUUUCCAUUAUGUACUUAUAGUUUAUUGUAUACGGUUUAUCGUUAUUUUUAUUAAAAUGGUGCAAUAUAUUUACCUAUAUUGUAGAACUUUUAAUAUUUUUCUCGCUAAUAUUUCCUCUUGUCAGUUGCUUAUACAGGGUGAUGUCGUAUCACAAUCGAUUGAAUACGUCAUUAUACAUUUAAACGCAUUGUCAAUCGGAAAUUUUGUAAUACUCUAAUAAUUCCUUCAGGCAAGGAUUGUUAUAUUCCUAUAGCUCAUAGAACAUAGAAAUCAUAAACAUUUAUUUAUUAGAGUUCUCUUCAUUGCGCAUUACAUACAUCAGGGUGGAAUGUGUACAUCUCAUUUUACGUGAUAUGGCGUUAUAACUGUAAGUUUUGACUAUUGUAAAUGUAAUAAAAUUGUAGAAAUUU